AUGGACAAGGACAAGGGGAAAGAUGGAGGAGAGGAAGAAGCAGACAAGACGACGACAAGCAAGACAAGAAAGACGAUGAAGAGCGAAGGACGACGAAGAGGUCGAGGCCAGGGGGACCAUAUUCCGUCCAUCCGUCCACCCGUCUGGCUGUUUCUUCGUCGUCGUCGUCGUCGUCGUCGUCUUCUUCAUCGCCGUCGCUCUCGUCUUGAACUCUGA